AUGAACCAAGAAUUCCGUUGGGACCUUACCUGGUGGCAAAAGCUUUUUCAGACCAGGGAUGGCCUCAGUUUCUUUUGCAUGCCCAUGUGGGCGCCCGUCCCAGACUUCCAAGUCUCCUUGAAUGCUGUAGGCUCACUGGGCAAUGGCACGAUCUUUAACGCCUGGUCAUUUUGCUGUGCUUGGGCAAUGGAGCAAAGGUCGUUAUUGAUCAGGUACAAGGCGCUCUCCCCAUCAUUGUAGCCAACGCCUUAUAGGGUUCUCAGUGGUUCUCUCAGCAGGUUUGAGUUCCUGUGCGACAAUGAGUCACUGGUGGCUGUACUUAAGUCUGUGUCUUCACGGGACCAACACUUGAUGGGGUUGCUGCAUCAUUUAUCCUUGCUGGCUACAUGCCACUCAUUUAUGUUUACUGCAUCUUCAGUUUGUGGCAAGGCCAAUCCACUAGCUGAUUCCCUCUCAUGCUUUCAAUUUCAUCAUUUUCAUCAUCGGUCACGUCAAGCUCACCUGACUCCACACAUGAUUCCCGAGUCGCUUCUGGUAGCACUUCCGAAGACUUGACCCUGAGGUGUCAGUUUCUGCUUACCCAAGGACUCAUGCCUUCCACUUGGCAUGUUUAUCUCUUCUCAACGUCACUAUAUUGACUUUUGCCGCUGGGACGGUUACCUUAACAGGGAUGGCUCCUUCCCUCCUGCCAAUGAGGAGACUCUCAUGUGCUUUGCUACACUCUUGGCCAACAACUUGACCCACGCAUCUAUUUAAGUAUACUUGUCUGCAGUAUGCUCCCUUCACAUUGACCAUGACUUGUCGGAUCCUUUCAUCAACUGCCAAAUUCGAAGCAUGUGCUCACAGGAAUAAAGCGGGUUCACGGUCCAUUGUCACCCAGAUGCCUCUCUAUCACCCUGGAUCAUCUGCAGGCGAUUCAGCAGGGACUGGACUUCGACAGGAGAGACCAUGUGAUGCUGUGGGCGGCAUGCCGUUUGGGUUUCUUUGGUUUCCUACAAGUUAGGGAAAUCAUGGUGAAUUUCAGCCUAGUAUCCAUGACUGUUGAUGACUUGCAAACUGACUCGCUGGUGAACCCUACCUGUUUUAAAGUUCAUAUCAAAAGCUCAAAGACCGAUCUGUUUUGCAUGGGCUGUGAGGCUGUGAUAUAUAUGUGGGGUGUGGUGUGUCCCAUCCACAACUUGGGCGACUUUCUGGCUUUGCAUGGCUCUUCUGCAGGACCUCUCUUUACAUUAAUAGUGAUGGAAGCCCUCUUACACAGCAACAGUUGUCUUCCACAGUUCAGUCUAUCUUGCACUCAGCUGGUAAUACUGGCUCCUAUUUAG